GGACCCUCGGAGGUCCUUCCUUGUGACGCGGCGCAAGAUGGUCCUGCUGCCAUCUGGCGCAGCGGUUUCCGUGAUCCGGUCGCAUCGACUUUUGUAUCCGGAGACCAUGGUGGUCGUGCACGCCAAGGCGACGGGCAACGUGCAGCAGGUCAUGUUCCGCCAGACGAUCAUCCGCGCCAUGACCAAGCGGGGCAUCACGGGCGGCGCGACGAACCUCAAGACGCCGGCGCGCGACACGGUCGAGAUGACCCUGGACGGCGACGCCGCCACCAUCCAAACCUUUCUGGACGCUUUGAGAACCACGCAGCCGCUCAAUAGCUGGGGCGCCCGCGUCGACGCGCUGGUCGUGCUACCGACAGGCCGCGCUGUGCAGGAGCACCAGGUCACGACCACCAACGUCGACGAGCGCAACUGGAACCCGAACGUUGAAUUUUACAUUUGAAUUCGUAUUUUGCACGCUGCUUCCAUCAAUACAAUAUGACAAUGUUGUGCAUUCUCUA